GUAGGAGCUGCGCUGGAAAUUCCAAGAUUAAACAAAAAUACACAAUCUUGCCAAACUUUAUGCCAUAUGUAUGAACACAAUCAAUAUUAUCCAAAAAUGAAGAAUGAAAAGAGCUUCAUGUAUUUCCCCUCCUGUCUCUCCAUGCAGGUCUACUUUAAAAAGAUCUUCCACGGCUGUCCUCUUAAAAUAAACUGCUCGACCACGUGGGAGAACCCGGCGACAAAAGACCAGCACCUGAUUGUCGGGGCAGAGGAGGGGAUCUACACCCUGAACCUGAGCAGCUCUGAGGCCACAAUGGAGCUGUUGUAUCCUGGGAAGUGUACCUGGGUCUACACCAUCAACAACGUCCUCAUGUCUGUCUCAGGUAAAUCAUCGCAGCUUCACUCCCAUUCUCUGAAGGAGCUGUAUGAGCAUGCUCGGAAAGACCAAAGGAUGGUUUCCUUACCCACUCACAGACUCUUACCAAG